AUGAAUUAUGUCCCAGAUUCUUGCUACGCUGCAGCAAGUGUGAAGAAGCCUCCAUUAGCUCCCAAACCUAAACUUCCCGACGCUGCCAAACCCUCACCCCCGCCCAUCGCCCCCAAACCAGGCCUGCUCACCACAUCGCCCGUCUCCGCCCAUCCUUCUCCCGCCACUCUCAAGAGGACAAAACCGGCCCUCGCCCCCAAGCCCCGCAUCCCGAAACCCCCCGCCGCCUCGCCACCGCCCCAAGUCCAUCUUCUCUUAUCUCCGGAGCGGGAUCUUAAGGACGACCUCUCGCUGCUCAACACCAGAAAUGGGAUUUUAUCAGCGCAGGAAUCGGACUACAUUAUUCCCACGUGCGCCCGCGGGCCGCGGGAUUGCUGCCAUUGCCGGCGUGCGGAGAACGGCGUGCACGACGCGCACGAGCUGAAGAACGGGAUUGACGAGGGAGCGCCGAGCGGACCGGAGGACCUCAGAGACAGAGACGCUCGGACAGGGGUGGGCAAAGAGGGGAACCGCACCGACGCUGAUUUCAAGGCGGAGUCCGUGGACAUCGGCUGUGAUGUUGCAGGCAGCAUCGCGGCCUCCUCUCCUUCCGCGGAACAUCUCGAGCAGCGAGAACGCAGCGGCCAUUUACACGGCGACCCCUCGGUGCCCGCGGCCCCGAGUAAGCCCCUCCCCGUCCCGCAGCCCCGCAAGCACAAGAAGCCGGCCCUGUCGAGGCAGGACGGCGUGGAGGGCGCGGCUCAGGAUCAUCAGGAGGCGGGCGACCCGCGAGAGGAGAUGUCCGUUCCCCGUGAAGACGCGAGAGACGACGAGCCCGGCGCUCCCGUGCCGCCUCCCCGCCAGACCUCGCUCUCUCCUCGCCUCUACGGAACGCAGCAGGCCUCCCCAAAACUCAACAAGAACACCUCCCUCUCCCUCAGCUUGCUCUCGCAGCCUCACCCGGAGUGCGAGCGAGAGGGCGAGGAGCACCGGGGGCGGGAGGAGGAGGAGGACGGCUACGGCGAUUUUAAGCGUUACCCCGUCACGCACAGCCUCCCCAAGCAGAUGAAACUAGGAUGCCCGCCGCCCCCGCCGCACGCCAGGAAGGCCUUCUCGGCCGACGAUCGGCCGGUGAGACCGCCGCCCCGGAAACCUCAGAGACUCAGCCUGCCCGCCCCGCCGCCUCCCUCCGUUUGUCCCCCAGCGCCUCCUCACGGCCCCAUGAGGGAGCUGCCCGCGCCCCCCCAAGAGAAACCUUCCUGGCGCUUCAGCCGCCCCUGCGUGACCUUCUUCAGCCGCCAGAUGCCCACCAGGAGCAGCGUGCCGCCCAAAAGCCGGGCGCCCGCUCCGGGGGGCAAGCAGCGGGCGCAGUCCUUCUCCGCCGCCGACCUGGUCACCCGCGUGGACGCCGGCAAGAGGAGCCUCUCCUUCCGGAAGCUUCUGGAGCUGCACGUGUCCGUCAAGAUGCUGCCCAAGCUGCUGGCCACGAGAGGCCACUCGCUGGGCUGUACCGACGGCGAGUCCAAGCGGGGGGCGCGGCCCAACAGCUGCAUCGGCAGUGGCGACGACGACGGGAGCGUGGAAUACGAGAACGUCCCUCUGUACGAGGAGAUCCCCGAGUACAUGAACUUGCCCUUUCACAGCGGCGGGCCGGGCCGGUCGCGGGACGGCGACGACUCGGACGUCUACGAGGCGCAGGACCCCUACCGAAGGUUCCGGGAGGACCGCUGCGACGGCGACUGGCCGAGGAGGGACGUCCACUCCGAGGAGGAGGAGGAGGAGGACGAGGACGCCCGCAGUUGGAACGAGGACGACGACAGCUCGUCCUCCAGCAAGGAACACGUGGACGAGGCGGACAGACAGCUGGAGGACGAGACCAAACGGAAGAAGGUGGCGCACAUCGCCCAGGAGAUCAUGAGCUCGGAGAAAGUGUUUGUGGAUGUCCUCAAGCUUCUCCACAUAGACUUUAGGGAUGCGGUCGCCAAGGCGACGCGUCAGAACGGCAAGCCGGUGGUGGACGAGCGCGUGCUCAGCCAGGUCCUGUACUACCUGCCGCAGCUCUACCAGCUCAACAAGGACCUGCUGCGGGAGCUGGAGGAGCGCGUGGCAUACUGGAGCGAGCACCGGCGCCUGGCGGACAUCUUUGUGCAGAAGGGCCCGUACCUGAAGAUGUACUCCACGUACAUCCGCCAGUUCGACAACAACGUGGCGCUUUUGGACGAGCAGUGCAGGAAAAACCCUCCCUUUGCAGCCGUGGUGCGCGAGUUUGAGAUGAGUGCCAGGUGUGCCAGCCUUGCCCUUAAGCACUACCUGCUGAAGCCCGUCCAGAGGAUUCCUCAGUACCAGCUGCUGCUCACAGAUUAUCUGAAGAAUCUGCCACGGGACUCUGAGGACUACAAGGACACGGAAGCCGCCCUCAGCAUCGUGAAGGAAGUCGCCAACCACGCCAACGACAUCAUGAAACAAGGGGAUAACUUUCAGAAGCUAAUGCAGAUCCAGUACAGCCUGAACGGCCACCAUGAGAUCGUUCAGCCAGGCAGGGUGUUCCUGAAGGAGGGAACGCUCAUGAAGCUGUCCAGGAAGGUCAUGCAGCCGCGGAUGUUCUUCUUGUUCAACGAUGCGCUUAUGUACACCACUCCCGUCCAGUCGGCCCAGUACAAACUCAACUGCGUGCUCUCCCUCGCUGGCAUGAAGGUGAGCAAGCCCAGCCAGGAGGCCUACCAGAACGAGCUGAACAUCGAGAGCGUGGAGCGCUCCUUCAUCCUGUCUGCAAGUUCGGCGACAGAACGAGACGAGUGGCUGGAGGCCAUCGCCGAGGCCAUCGACGACCACGCCAAGAAGAAGAUCAGCUUCAUAUCCAGUCGCAGUCAGGAGGAGGCCGACGGCGCGCCGGACAGCGGCGCCCCCCUCGGCUCCAAGGCCCCCAUCUGGAUCCCCGACCUGAGGGCCACCAUGUGCAUGAUCUGCACCUGCGAGUUCACCCUCACCUGGCGACGCCAUCACUGUCGCGCCUGCGGGAAGGUGGUGUGCCAGGCCUGCUCGGCCAACAAGUACUACCUGGAGUACCUGAAGAACCAGCCGGCGCGCGUGUGUGACCACUGCUUUGCCAAACUGCAGGAGAACAGUGACCGCCGCGCCUCGUCGUCCGUGUCUCCCAUCAAAUCCGGAGCGUUCUCCUUCACCAGGAAACAAAAGAAGAUUCCGGCGGCGCUGAAAGAGGUGUCGGCCAACACGGAAAACUCGUCCAUGAGCGGCUACUUGAACAGGUCCAAGGGCAACAAGAAGCAGUGGAAGCGCCUGUGGUUCGUCGUCAAGAACAAAGUGUUGUACACGUACGCCGCCAGCGAGGAUGUGGCGGCGCUGGAGAGCCAGCCGCUGCUCGGCUUCUUCCUGCGGGAGGAGAAGAACGGGCCGGCGCAGAAGCUGCAGUUCAAGCUCUACCACAAAAACACACUCUUUUACAUCUUCAAAGCCGACGACAUCCCCACCGCGCAGAGGUGGAUUGAAGCCUUUCAGGAGGCCAUGAUCCUCGAACAGUGAUGAGCUAAUAGAGGGACGACGACGACGAAGGCGUGCUGCUUCCACGAGGAGAUGGGAGAGCAUUGCCCCUCUUUUUAAAAGAACUGGGAACUUUUGUGUUUUCUUUUUUCUUCCUGCAGCUGUGGCCCCAAUGCCAAAGAAUGUGUGUGGAAGUGGACAGUUUUCCACCGGGAACCCGUUUGACGCAAAUGAAGGAAAACUAGUUGUGAAAUUCAUGCAGGUUGAUAUGUCAAAACACUCACAAUCACUUGGAAUGAAGCAGUGUUUUACUGGCAGUAACACGAAGUUGCUGGAGUUGAUCUCUCCACUUUAGAGAGGUUAUUCUUUCUGUUUGAAUAUUCCAAGUAACUGCCAUACAUUGUGGGUCCAACAGCAUCCUGGACAAAACUGGAAGUGAAUCAUUAAAUGUAUUUUUCGUACUCUUCAGAAUGUCGAGGCGCCUUGGCAGCGCCCUGUGGGUAAUAUUGUGUGUAUGACGGCGUGACGUUGACAUUUUUAUACGGAAGCCUCGAGCUGGUAUUUAUAAAGGAUGAAGAAGCAGGCCACUAUUUUGCAGUCAGGUUCUGUUGACUUUCAUCAUACGUUUUUUAAAUGUGGAAAAAAAAACAUGCGCUUGCACUGUCCAUCGUGGAUGCAUUUUGAAAGCCUUCCAAAAACAAUACCUUUUAUUAUACUUUUUUUUUUUUUUUUUUUUUACCAUUGAUCAACCAAUGCAAGUCCUAGGACAGUAUUUUUAUCUGCCACCUUGACAAAAUAGAAUUAAGUUAAUCCCUGAAUCUUGUUCCAUCAGCAACUUUCUGCUCAAUGUUGUCAUUGUAACUUUUGAUUCCUCAUUAUCGUCCUCAUAUGAACUUGUCAGGGUCAAGGAAGCAUGUGUUUGCUCAUGAUUGUACAUUAACAUGGACUUUUUUUAAUAUCAACUGUGGAGGUCGAGUCUCCUACAAAACAAUCAUUAUAAACUGUCAGGCAACAGUUUUUAAUAAAAUAUAUAAAUAUA